ACCAUAUUUUCCAUAAUCACCAAAUUACCUUGCAGUCAACCACAGAAUGAUUCAUUAUAUUCCCCACAACACCCACUAACUAAUGAAAAUCGCUAUUAGUGAACUAUCACAAAAUCACUGAUGUUGCUCUAUUUUCAGGUUGCUCGGCCUCAACAGCGCUCAGAUCCAGAGCUCUGCAGAGUUAGCUCCUCGCCAUUACAGGGAGGAAUGUAACAACCUAACCUAUUUGGUGGCCAAGCAAAAGCAACUCUGCUCGCUCUCCCAAAAUGUUCUCAAGACGGUGAGCCUGGGCGCGCGCACGGGCAUCGGCGAGUGCCAGCACCAGUUCCGGAUGCACCGCUGGAACUGCUCCACCUUCACCGACUCGCCCCACGUCUUCGGCCACCUCCUCCGGAUCAAGAGCCGCGAGAAGGCCUACGUGUACGGCAUCUCAGCAGCAGGUGUGGCGUACGCGGUGACUCGAGCCUGCAGCCGCGGGGAACUCACCGAGUGCGGCUGCGACGAACGCAUUCGACAGCGCCCGAACCGCGGCAGGUGGGAGUGGGGAGGGUGCUCGGAGGAUCUGACCUUCGGGGAGAACUUCAGCAAGGAGUUCGUGGACGCGAGGGAGUCCAGGAACACCGCCGAGGGCCUCAUGAACCUCCACAACAAUGAGGCUGGAAGGAGGGCCAUUAGAUCAGAGAUGGAGAUCCUGUGCAAGUGCCACGGCGUCUCGGGUUCCUGCAGCAUGCGCGUGUGCUGGCGGCGCAUGAGGGCCUUCAGGAGCAUUGGGGACUCUCUCCUGCACCGCUUUGAGGGCGCUGUCAUCGUCAGAUACGUCAAUCGAAAGAAGAGGAAGAAACUCCGGCCAAAGAGACGCGGUUUCAAGAAGCCGAGCCGCCGUGACCUCGUCUACCUAGAAGAGUCGCCAGACUACUGCAACCGAAACCAAACGCUCGGUGUACUGGGCACGGUGGGGCGGCUGUGCAACAAGACCAGCUGGGGCAUGGACGGCUGCAAGAUCCUGUGCUGCGGCCGAGGAUACCAGACCAUGGUGAAGGACGUCGAGGAGAAAUGCAACUGCCGGUUCAUCUGGUGCUGCAAGGUGGAGUGCGAGAGAUGCCGAGUGAGACGCGAGGAGCACUAUUGCAACUGAAGAAGCUCCUUCCCGAUCCGGAAACACGAGAGGGGGAGACAGGCAGGCUCUUGGAUGGUAGCUGGUUCCUAGAUGCGAAGAGGAAAUGUACAAAUUCUUUUGUGGAAGAGUGGAGGCUCUUGUGUCCUUAGCUGUUCACUUUCACAUAUAUGAUGAAGCAUGUGUGUCCUCACGUAGCAGGGGAGAUGAGAUCCCUGUGUAAACUGUCCUUUUGGUGUAUUCUUGUAGCUAUAUAAAUACA